ACUUGCUUGGGGUGCCCGAGUUUUGUUUUCUUCCAUGGGAUGUGCCUCUCAGGUGGAUGUUUGCUCGAGUGUUGUCCUCAAAAAAGCUAUCUACAUCUCUGUCUUUCCCCUUUGUUCGUCACAAACCUGUGAUGGUUUUCUUCUUUCUUUUUUGGCAGAGGAGUGGCUGAAGUAAACAACUCUGUUUUGGGUGUUGAGUAGACUGUCCUUCAAGAAUCAGUGAAGUCAGGUUCCUAUAAACAACUCCCAACUUGUGGCUCUGCUUGGGUGAAGUAGAGCCUUACAGGUGGAAUGAGAGGGGACCUCUGAGGUGAUGGGGUCAGUGCCUUGACCUCUUGGACCCACCUCAGCUGUACCUAGCCUGGGAUGUCUCUGGGGGUGAGAGGCUCUCCAGGUUCUGAGAACAGUGCAGUACUUGGAAUCUAGUUGUUAGAAAGCUUUUCUGUGUGUUUAGUAGAAAUGAUCUCCAUCUGAUGUGUUCUGCCCCAGUUUUUAUCGGUCCAUGAAUAUUGUAUAUGUGGCAGCCUUUCAAGUAUUUGAAGAAAAUCCCUCUGUAUGUAUUCCUUUCGAGAGUUUUAGUUUUCAAGAUGAGAAAUCUGUGUUUCUUUCAUUAUUCUGCCAACAGGAGGUGUGGUUUUAGGUCUGUUUUCUGCUGGUCUCAGCCUAUUAAUAACCAACGCGGUCGGAUUGGCCCUUGGGGUUAUUAUGAUUGUAAGACACCUUUCAGUAAUAACCAUCAGGAAACUUUGAAAAAAACAAAGGUUUAUUACUUACAGAGCCUGGAAAUUUUAUAGCAUACCUGGGGCCACACAGUGAAGUGGGAGGCUGUGGAGAGAGAGAUUGAGGGAGCACAGGCCUGGGUUCUGCUUUUAUUGGAGUCGAGGGUGAGGGCCUAGGGGUUUCUGAGGCUUGAUCUUUAUUGGGGAGUUUACAACCAAACUUAAAGCUUGGGAAGAGAAAAGAUAAGUGGCCCAAAAGGUCUCUUAUCAAAAUCAACUAAGAGCUGAUCUCAAAUAGAGGAUACUCUGGGGGGAGGUGUCCUGGUUCUACCUCAUUGAGUGGCAGGAGGCAAAAUGUUUAUUCCUCACCAAUCUAAACUUAGGCACUGGCAUUACAGACAAGAAAAACCUCACGGCUUACACUGCAGGGUCCUUUUCCUUCGCUCAUUUUGCGUAUGACAUUACCGUGUCCAUAUUUCCCUUAAGAAGGGAUAUUCAGGUUGGAACACGACUCUCCAUGUGUAGUCUGACAAACCCAGUGUGGACUGGAAUCCUGAGCCCCCAUUGUCACAGCUGUGCAGCUGUGCUGACCCAGCUAUAGCCUCCUUGGUUGUCAAUCACGAGACCUUCCCAUGCCUGCUGCUGCCUGAACCAUCUUCCUCACUGUCCACAGGCAGUUGAUUUUGGAAGGAGCACUAUGAGAAUAAGGUUGUCCUGUUGGCCAUUUACCCCAGAGUAGUGAAUUACGUUGAGAAUUGCAAGUCACGUGGGUGGUCAGUAAUGAGCAGUGAUUGUAUCCAGUGUGAGGGAGGCAGGUUAGCAAUAUUGAACCCUAUAUAGAUGGUCCCAUGCAUCCCACCGGUGACAACAGGUAGGGUUGCCCCAUAGUUUUUAGUCUGUCAUCUGGGGCAAAGAUCACCAAUGUGUUUUGUGUUAAAGAAUGUUUCUCCCUUGAGAAUUUUUAAAAGCUGCUUUUGGUGUGGGGUAACGAACGUAGGCCUUUGGCUAGACAGUCCUGAGUUUGAAUCCUGGCCUUCUUCUCACACACUGGUGUGUGAUCAUGAGCAAAGUAGCUGCUCAAUUUGCCUUGUCAUGUCGUGAAACUAAAAGGAGCUCCAGUGGCUGGCAGGUGGUACCUGUAAAAAGUUGUAGCUCUUUUUAGUAAAAGGCUAGCUUUUGCAUACUUUCAAAGUGAGGAGAAGUUGAAAAUAAAUGAUAGAUUACUUAGUGGAAAAUAAAAUGUACCCAAUAUAUAGUUUUUGCUUUCUGGAGAUAGAAUGAUGAUAUUGAGGUAGAAUGAUAGAACAUUGUAUGCAGGGUUAGAGCCUCCGUGGAGUAUAUGUGGUUUCCAGGCCUUUUCCUAAAUAGACCUUUAAGCAGCAAAUGCAACUCCACUUCUAAGCAGUGACCUAAAUUUUCAGAUGGCUGCCCCAGACUAGAGGUGUAGACUGUCGCCUCAGCACUAAGUGGCUUAUCCAAGAUUAAGCAUGACCUCAUUAGCACUCUCCCUGCAGCUAACUUUGCUGGCCGUGGACCCUAACCCUAACAGUGGCUCUGAAACGAGUUGAAACGGGGUGAAAGUCUAGUAAUUGGACCACCCCAGUGCUUUGGAAAGUACCUCAGGGUCAUUUGGAUUCAUUCGAUAUUAUGAACUACAAACUUACUUCUGGAUGGAUACAAUGGAAUUUCAUACAUAACUUUUGCAUUGCCUGAGUGUGGUCUUGACGAUGGGAGGUGCUGUGAGUGCUGGUGAGGACAACGAUGAACUGAUAGACAAUUUGAAAGAAGCACAGUACAUCCGGACUGAGCUGGUGGAGCAGGCUUUCCGAGCUGUCGACCGCGCAGACUAUUAUCUGGAAGAAUUUAAAGAAAAUGCGUAUAAAGACCUGGCGUGGAAGCAUGGAAACAUCCACCUCUCAGCCCCGUGCAUCUACUCCGAAGUCAUGGAAGCUCUGGACCUGCAGCCAGGCCUCUCCUUCUUGAACCUGGGCAGCGGCACUGGCUACCUCAGCUCCAUGGUGGGGCUCAUUCUAGGUCCUUUUGGUGUGAACCACGGGGUUGAACUCCAUUCAGAUGUAAUAGAAUAUGCAAAGCAGAAGCUGGACUUCUUCAUUCGAACCAGUGACAGCUUUGACAAAUUUGACUUCUGUGAACCUUCCUUUGUUAUUGGCAAUUGCCUGGAGAUUUCUCCAGAUUGUUCUCAGUACGAUCGUGUGUACUGUGGGGCUGGUGUGCAGAAAGAGCAUGAAGAAUACAUGAAGAGUCUUCUCAAAGUAGGGGGCAUCCUUGUCAUGCCGCUGGAGGAGAAGGAGAUGUAUCUAGAAAGAAGUCGCUGUGGCCGACGUCAGAGACGUUACCAUUUGUGCUCUCUUCUAGGAUUUUUAUGGUUUCAGUUGACUAAGAUAACACGAACUGGUCCUUCUGCUUGGGAAACCAAAAAGAUUCUGGCUGUUUCUUUUGCUCCUCUGAUCCAGCCCUGUCAUUCAGAGACAGGAAAAUCAAGACUUGUCCAGUUACCGCCGCUGGCCGUGCGAAGCCUCCAGGACCUGGCUCGCAUCGCCAUCCGGGGCACCAUUAAAAAGGUCAUUCGUCAGGAAACGGUGAGCAGCAGCGGAAACGGACUAAAGAGCACUCCGGGGGUGAAACGGAGGAGAGUGCGCCGCCGUCGAAUGGAAACGAUCGUCUUUUUGGACAAAGAGGUUUUUGCCAGUCGGAUUUCCAGCCCCUCUGACGACAACAGCUGCGAGGACUUGGAAGAGGAGUCGCGGGAGGAGGACAGAGCCCCCCCGCCCGAAGCCAAGCCAGCCCCACCGGUGAACUUCCUACGGGAGAAGGUCCUGAGCCUCCCUCUGCCAGACCCCCUGAAAUACUACUUGCUCUAUUACAGGGAGAAGUGAGUCUGUGGGAACAGGGCACCGAGGCAGAGCUGAUGCUGUGCCUGCUGUCGCCGAGGGGUCUCCCGGGCACGUGCCGUGGGGAAGGAAAGUGCUCUCCUCUCGACCUUCCUGUCUUUAGUUCGUUCUUGGUUUUCCUGUAGAAUCCCCAUUCAGUGGUAUCAUUUCAGUAAACAUAAUCUGAUAAACAUAAAGUGCAUAGGAGAAGGUUUUCUCAGAAGGGAGAGCAUCUCUUGAGAAGGGUGUUUGCUUUUUGUGCUGAUGAAACUGACGUCUGCCUGCAGAGACCGCUUUGGUGACCGUCUCCCACUCAAGAUAACCUACGAAGACUGAAGUUGAAAGGAACCUGUGUUGCUUAGAAAAAGUGAAAGUGCAAGUUUGCAAGUGUGUAAAAUCUUUUCUGGGUGUGACACACCUGUGUCCAAGUUAGCACUUUAUGGUGUCAGCCUCGUAAUUACUGGCGCUGAGCUCCCCUAACCCUUUUAGUUCUCUGGAUGGGGGAGCGUUAUUGAAAAGCUCUCCCUUAUUUUAAAUAAAUGUAAUUAGAUUGUAUGUGGGUUGUCCACUGUAAUUUUAAAAGAGAGAAAUUUGUGAUGGGGGAGGAGGAAUAAAAGUAUCAAACUGCCAGAUGUCUUUCUGGGAUUCCAAAAUAAUUCAAGGAAUAUCUUCCUGACGCCUUUUCUUACCUUUAGAAGAACCAGUGUCAGAUAAUCCCUUAAAGAAAAUACUCAAGAAUGAAGCGAGCGUUGUGCGCAGUGAGCUGCCUUACUUUUACUCCAACGGUGGGGAUGACUGUUGAUGCAACCUUGAGUGUGUUAAUGGGUGUCUAGGGCAUGGAUGUGCUCGGUCCUCAAAACAGGUGGGAAGUGUUAAGACUGCAGGAAAUACAUUGGAGACAGUGUCAACAACCUGUGCUGUUUUUUCUUUUUUCCUUCAGUUGGCUACUUUUCUGUAAUCACAUUAAAGUAAUGAUUAAUAGAUUUUAUCUUUUAUAAUUCUGGAGAAGAAGAUGUGUUAGUUUUCUAAUUUUUCUUAAUAACAAAUGUAUGUAUUUUAGUAGCUCCAUUGCAUUAGAAUAACAGUCUAACCCCCAGGGACUUGUGGAUUCUAUCUUCUCUAGGCCCUUUGUGUUGACAGGUUUCUGUGUUUACCAAGUUCCAAAACAUUGGUUCUUUUCAAACUUGCUUUUUGUGCCCAAAGAAGAAAACAGUGGUAUCAAAUGUUAACAGUAGACCCAAACUCAGAGUGCUGCUGUGGGAUCAAUCAUCCAGAUUUUAUGACUGAUUUUAUCCGGUGUUGCUGAGCUUGAGUGUGUCUUUGUGGUUUCACCAGCUGAACCGAGUUCUGCUUAUUUAUUUAUUUAUUUAUUUAUUCUUAAACUUCUCUUCUUUUUUAAGUAAUUUAAUCAUUUUCUACAGGAUACUAUGUGCAUGCAGAGCUGGGAAAAUAUGUCUGUUGCCCUAGAUCUGGAAAUGUAAUUUUUUAUAAAGACAGUACUUCACAGUUGUUCUCAACCUGGCUUCUAACGGAAGGCUGGGCGUCACUGUCUCAGAAGCGCCCAGUUUACGUUUACGUGAGGACUUGAGAUCACUUAGUGGUGCGCACGUCUGUGCCGACGUCACGCUGACCGUAGUGUACUGAUCUCUGCGAUCCACGGACAUUCGGAGCGUAAGGUCAAAUACAUAUUUGUGAAAUCUGUCACACUGGGUGGCUUGACUAAGUUCUUUUCCUAUAAUUGUACACGGGUUUUAUUUAUUUUUUAAAUCACAUUUGCCUUCACGCUAGACUGUAAAGCCUCUUCACCGUGCAUAAGACGUGUUUUUCCCUACAUAGUUUAGACCUUUGCUAACAUUUGUGUUCGUAUUUACAUGUUGUCUGUUUGCGAUACUUAAACCAGAAUUUGGUUACAAAAAUAUAUAUAGAUGUAAUAUAUGUGAAAUAGUUUGGUGUUUAUCUUAUACACGUAGAGAAGAAUUGUAAAUGGGUUUUCUCGGGCCGAAGUGCCCCUCCCCAGGGUCCAGGAUGAUGCACUGCUGUCUGUUCCCCGACAGAUGGAUUAUGUAUAGUCUGUGUGGCCUGUAACCUCUGUAUUGUAAACCACUUUCUAGACAGCUGUGGACUUUUAUGUUCUGAGGAGUAUGUAUUUCUGUGUGUGAUUUGUGUCUUGAAAGUAGUAAAGCCACAGACACGUACACAGCAAAUGUCAAAUUUAUAAAUAUCAAGGAUGCAGUGUAAAAAUCAACUGUGUAUGUAAGAAUGCUUUUGCCAGUCUGGACCUUUCAGGGAAUUAAUGCCAGAAGUUUGAAACCAAGAUUUUAAUGAGUAGAUACACAUUGGGUAAAUACAAAGGCUAUCAAUAAACCUCGUUCAGGCACUUCAGCCUUCUUGGCAUGGCUUGUGUUUCCUGUGUGGGAUUGAAAUUCUUGACUACAUGUUUUCCAAAAAUCUUUAAAAAUAAACCUUUUCUUUAUUAGAA